UGUAGCGCUUAAAGAAUGUGAUUUAAGGGGCCGGGUGGGGUUGUGAGGCUAUCAAAGUAGAUUUGUUGUGCCUUGCUCCAGCAAGGGAUGAAAAUACCCUGUGGGCAAGGAGAGAGGGGUCAUGGGACUCCCAAAAGGAUUACCUUGAACUGGAGUCAUGGGACUUGCCUCAAACAAAGAGCCUGCUCACAUGCUCAUCAUAUGAACAGCCCCUCAUAAAGUGGUGAAGUUUCAUGUCUUGUGGGAUUCAGUGGUCACCAACACUGUGGGAGAGAGCACCCCUCACCAGCGGAGCUCCAGGAGGGACAUUGAUGCAGAAAGUUUCCCUGUUGAACCUUCUUGAAGUCGACUAGUGGCUCCACAGAAAACUUGGAUUGAGAAAACCUUUUUCAAACGAGAAUGUAUCCAUAUAUCUCCUGCCAAGGACCCAACCCGGUGCGCCUGUGGUUAUCUCAUGACUCAGCACCAACAAGUCACCAACAAGCCCUCAGAAGAGAACAAGCUCGUUCAAGUGGACCCACCUCAAGAGAAAUGGUUGGUGGUCAGACAUACCCAGACCGCCCCUACAGAUGCAUAUGGCACCAUUGAAUUUCAGGGUGGAGGAUUUGUCAACAAGGCCAUGUAUAUCCGGGUGUCAUAUGAUACCAAGCCAGACAGCUUGCUGCAUCUCAUGGUGAAAGAAUGGCAGCUGGAGCUGCCUACUUUGCUUAUAUCCGUUCAUGGUGGCCUCCAGAACUUUGACCUGCCACCCAAAAUAAAGCAGGUAUUUGGGAAAGGACUGAUCAAGGCUGCCGUGACUACUGGAGCCUGGAUCUUCACUGGUGGAGUUAGCACUGGAGUUAUACGGCAUGUUGGAGAUGCUUUGAAGGACCACUCCUCUAAAUCCCGAGGGAAAGUCUGUGCCAUAGGCAUCGCUCCAUGGGGAAUCCUGGAGAGCAAAGAGGAUCUAUUAGGGAAAGAUGUGACCAAACCAUACCAGGCUAUUUCCAACCCAUUGAGCAAGCUUGCCGUUCUCAACAAUAGCCACUCGCACUUCAUACUCUCUGAUAACGGCACAUGUGGGAAAUACGGGGCGGAGGUCAAACUGCGUAGACAGUUGGAGAAACACAUUUCCCUGCAGAAGAUUAACACCCGUUUGGGGCAGGGUGUACCAGUGGUUUGUUUGAUUGUGGAGGGAGGUCCAAAUGUGAUCUCCAUUGCUCUGGAGAGUCUGCGUGAAGAACCACCCGUGCCUGUAGUGGUUUGUGACGGUAGUGGCCGAGCCUCGGACAUUAUUUCCUUCGCUCACAAGUACUCAGAGGUAGAAGGACUGGUAAAUGAAGACGUAAAAGAGCAGCUGCUAGUCACCAUCCAGAAAACCUUUAACUACAACAAGACCCAGUCAGGGCAGAUUCUGCUCAUGGUCAUUGAAUGCAUGAAGAAGAGAGAGCUGAUAACAGUCUUUCGAAUGGGCGCUGAGGGACAAGACGACAUUGAAAUGGCCAUCCUCACUGCGUUACUGAAAGGCACAAAUGCAUCCGCUCCAGAUCAGCUGAGUCUGGCUUUGGCUUGGAAUAGAGUGGACAUAGCACGCAAUCAAAUCUUUGUGUAUGGACACAACCUACCAGUGAACUCUCUUGAGCAGGCCAUGAUGGAUGCUAUAGUUCUAGACAGAGUGGACUUUGUCAAACUACUCAUAGAAAACGGUGUAAACAUUCAUCAUUUUCUAACCAUCCCUCGAUUAGAGGAGUUAUACAACACUAAACUUGGACCUGCCAACACUUUACAUAUAGUAGUCAGAGAUGUUAAAAAGGUAAAGCUGCUAACAUUUGUUCAUUUGAUUUCAAAGGGGAACCUCCCACCAGAUUACCAAAUCACAUUGAUUGACAUUGGACUGGUGGUGGAGUACCUAAUGGGAGGGGCAUAUCGCUGUCACUACACAAGGAAAAACUUCAGAGCUCUCUACAACAACCUCUAUGGACUGAAGAGACCAAAAGCCCUGAAGCUUCUUGGAAUGGAGGAUGAUGAGCCAAGACCAAAAGGUAAGAAGAAGCAAAAGAAGAAGAAAGAAGAGGAGGAGGAUAUUGACGUCGAUGAUCCCGAGGUCAGCCGCUUCCCCUACCCAUUUCAUGAGCUAAUGAUGUGGGCAGUGCUGAUGAAGAGGCAGAAGAUGGCUCUGUUCCUGUGGCAGAGGGGUGAGGAGGGCAUGGCUAAAGCUCUGGUGGCCUGUAAGCUCUACAAAGCCAUGGCUCAUGAGUCUUCUCAAAGUGAGAUGGUGGAUGACAUUUCCCAGGACCUCGAUAACAACUCCAAGGAGUUUGGAACCUUGGCUUAUGAGUUGCUGGAUCAGUCUUACAAACAUGAUGAGCAGCUGGCCAUGAAGCUGUUGACCUACGAGUUAAAGAACUGGAGUAACUCCACAUGUCUGAAGCUGGCAGUGGCUGCAAAGCACAGAGACUUCAUCGCUCACACCUGCAGUCAAAUGCUCCUCACUGACAUGUGGAUGGGCAGCCUGAGAAUGGGCAAAAACCCUGGACUUAAGGUGAUACUCAGUCUCAUUUUCCCACCUCUUAUCCUGCUGUUGGAUUUCCGUCUGGGUGAUGACAUGUCUCAUCAAGUCUCAGCAGAUACUGAGGACAGGAAGGCCAAGGAUGAUGAUAACAAGUCCAGCCGGGAUGUCAAUGCAGAUGCAGCUUCUAAGAAAGGAGAUGAGGAGGAGGGCAAUAAAAACAUGAGGCGGAUUCCUAUCGGCAGGAAAAUCUUUGAGUUCUAUAAUGCCCCUUUCACCAAAUUUUGGUUCAACACUAUUUCCUACCUUGGCUAUCUAAUGCUUUAUAAUUAUAUAGUCCUGGUGAAGAUGGAGCGCUGGCCCUCAUUACAAGAGUGGAUCGUCAUUUCAUACAUAAUCACUCUGGGCCUAGAGAAAGUCAGACAGAUCCUGAUGUCAGAGCCAGGAAAGCUCAGACAAAAGAUAAAUGUGUGGUUAGAAGAGUACUGGAACAUCACAGACCUGGUGGCCAUCUCCACCUUCCUGCUCGGGCUACUGCUUAGGCUGCAGAGUGAACCCUACAUGGGCUACGGCCGUGUGAUCUACUGUGUGGACAUCAUCUUCUGGUAUAUCCGGGUGCUGGACAUUUUCGGGGUCAACAAGUACCUUGGACCCUAUGUCAUGAUGAUUGGAAAAAUGAUGAUUGACAUGCUGUACUUCGUGGUGAUCAUGUUGGUGGUGCUGAUGAGUUUCGGUGUGGCACGACAGGCCAUCCUCCACCCAGACGAGGUGCCCACGUGGCGCUUAGCCCGCAACAUCUUCUACAUGCCCUAUUGGAUGAUCUAUGGAGAGGUGUUUGCGGAUUCGAUAGACCCCCCCUGUGGAGAAAAUUUAUACGAUGAAGAUGGGAAAAAACUUCCGCCCUGCAUUCCUGGAGCCUGGCUCACCCCUGCCAUCAUGGCCUGCUAUUUGUUAGUAGCCAACAUCCUCCUCGUCAACUUGCUCAUUGCUGUCUUCAACAACACCUUCUUUGAGGUUAAGUCCAUCUCCAACCAGGUGUGGAAGUUCCAGCGAUAUCAACUGAUCAUGACCUUCCAUGACAGACCUGUGCUGCCUCCACCUAUGAUUAUCUUCAGCCAUCUCUACAUCCUGUUACGCAGACUCUGCUGCCGCUGUAGCAAGAAAAAGGAGGGAGAAUUGGAUGAGAAGGAUAAAGGAUUAAAGCUCAUUCUUACCCCCGAUGAGCUGAAGAUGCUGUAUGAGUUUGAGGAGCAAUGUGUGGAGGAAUAUUUCAGGGAGAAAGAAGACGAGCAACUGUCCUCAAAUGAUGAGCGUAUAAGGGUUACAAAUGAAAGGGUGGAAAACAUGUCCAUGCGCCUUGAGGAGGUGAAUGAGAGGGAGAACACAAUGAAGGCCUCCCUUCAGACGGUUGAUCUCCGUUUGUCCCAACUGGAAGACAUCCAUGGCCGAAUGGUGAAUGCCCUGGAGAGACUGGUAGGAAUCGACCACGCUGAACUGACCCGGGCACGUUCAACGGCCUCCUCUAUUUGUGACCUCUCCUCUCUCCAACGUCACAGCAGUAUAAACAGUGCUGAUGGGUACAGCCUCUACCGCUACUACCUGGGUGUUGAUGACCGUCCUCCUGAGGAAAAAGAGGGGGAUCAGGGUAAAACAAUAAGCACUAUGAACAUCAACACAAAAGAAUAUGGGCAGAACCUGGAGGUAGAUGUUCCAGGGAUAAAAAGACGUCUUGGCUCAUGUGUGGACAUCCGGAUCUUCCCUUGUGAGAAGGGAGUCGAGAACGUUAAUCAGGUUGAAGGGACACAGCCACAAUCACCAAAAUAUCCAAUUCCUGACAUUCAGAGUUCUUUGGAUUGUGCCACAACAAAAGAUUUGAUGAUGGGGAGGGCUAAACUUGAGGCAACUAUGUCCUUCCCUCUUGAAAAGGUUAAAGCAUUCAGAUACUAUCCAGAAGAAAUACAAAGUACAUCGCCGUCCACUGUACAAAGGUGUAGCAGCACAAUCUUGUUUGAUCAAACAAGUGGAAGGGAAGAGACUCGAUUGGGGGGAUGCAUGGAUGGGUCUCCAGAUAUGAGACGUUGGAGUGCUGACUAUGAGUAUAAGGUACAUCCCAGUCUUUUUGGACAGACGCCAAAUGUAUCGAUGGUUAGACCAUUGGUAGAUCAAAUUGACAAGUUUAACAAUGGUUUCAAGGUAGAGCAGCAUUCUGACGAGCCUGGGCUGCAGAGGCCAAGAGUUUCUUCUAGAUAUAAUAAGGAGGAAAUGGGCUCUGAAGAUGGGGAUAAGACAGCGGACAGUUCAGAUGGACUGAUGAGUAAGGAAGGUAAUCAGUUGAUAACAGAAGAUGAGAUAACAAAGGAUGGAGAGCAAGACUCAGAAGGGACAACUGGCAAAGAGGGACAGCAAGAUGUAGAUCAGGUAAAACAGGAAGACAGGAGUGAGACCAUUGAGAAAUGGGACAAAUGUGUGAAUACUGAACUAGAGGGGACAAAGGAACCAGAAGGUGAUCCUGAAGGAGGUCUUGGAAAAGAAGAAAGUCAUGAGAAGAAGAAUGAAAAGGAUGAGAUGUCUAUGGAUGCAGGUGCCAGCAGUUCUGAAGUCCAAGCUGAGAGAAGCCAACUGCUUCAGCCUGAAGAUACAGUAUUCCUCCAUGGAAGAUCUAAGAGCUGGUCCACAAAACCUUGCAAGUCCUUAGGAAACAGCUUGAAAAGGACAUAUGGAUCCAGCAGUGAGAGAGACCUUGCUGGAGCAUAUGGAGACUCUAUUGACUCUACUGAACCUGGAAAGCCAACAGAGAAGACAACAGAGCACACAUCUUCAAAUAAGCCGUAGAGAACAAAGAGGAAGUCCUAGAGUGAGUCCAAUAUAGCCCAACAGUGCCUGCCCACUUUUUCAGCCGCCUUGGCUCCAGAAGUAUUUUUCCCAUUAAUUUCUUCCACAGGGAUUUUAUAAAAUCCUUCAUAAAAGAGUUUUAAUCCAUGAACCAAACCAACCAGCUCC